CCACCGACCACAAUGAACAAGUUCCUGUGCUGCACGCUUGUGCUCUUGGACAUUUCUGUUAAGUGGACCAUCCAGGACGACUCUGCCCCCAAGUAUCCCCAUUACGACCCAGGGACGUCUCGUCAGCUGCUGUGUGACCAGUGCCCUCCUGGGAGCUACGUGAAGCAGCACUGUACAGCCACCAGCCCGACGCAGUGCGCCCCGUGCCCGGAUCAGUACUACGCCGACGAGUGGAACAGCAACGAUGAAUGCCAGUACUGCAGCGCCGUUUGCAAAGAGCUGCAGUACGUCAAGCAGGAGUGCACCAGCACGCAGAACCGCGUCUGCGAGUGCGUCGAAGGCAGAUACCUGGAGCUCGAGUUUUGUUUAAAGCACACGGAGUGUCCUCCCGGAUUUGGCGUUGCACAGCCAGGUAUGUACCGCUUGUCAAUACGCACAGACUUAAUUAGAGCUCUGCCGCACGUCGACGACUCGUGGCAGUUACAAGAUUAG